AUGAUGCGAAGCAAGAUACCACUCCGACCUAUAGGUCUCACCUCACUACCCCAUCGGCCGAUCACCAUCAAACCUUCUUUCUCUAUCCGAGAUCAGCUCAUCUCAGCUAGAUCAUCAAGUACGAAAACAACCACUACCCAAGCCUCUACCAUCUCGUCCAAGACAUUCUUCAACCCUCAUUAUCGACCUAUCGUCCCUUCCCUUCGAACACCCACAUCAUCCAUCCGAAACUUUUCUAUUCCACCUAAAUCAUUCAAUGCCAAAUACCCUAUAACAUCCAUAUUCAUCCGACUUGGUCUAUCCUCAGUACUGGGUAUAGUGGUACUUACCUCUGUUAUCCUAUUCCACGAUGCCUUCACAUACAGUGAGAGACACGUCGAUAGAGUGCCUUGUAAUCCCCUAUCGCUCAAACCUAGAUUAGGAGGUAAGAAGAACUUGCCUAUCCUCGAAGUCAAUUUGGAUGACGAGGAGGAUGAUGCGAAGAGGACGAUGAAGGGGAAACCUAGAUUGGUGGUUAUAGGUGGUGGAUGGGGGGCCGUGGCACUCCUCCAAUCACUCCCACCACACGCAUACAACGUAACCCUCAUCUCACCUCAAACAUAUUUCGCUUUUACCCCUCUUCUCCCCUCCGCAUGUGUCGGUACGGUCGAGCCCCGAUCACUCGUCGAACCGCUGCGAAAGCUGAUAGCGAGAGUCAGAGGUCAUUAUCUCAUGGGUUCGGCGAUGGAUAUAGAUAUGGCGGAGAGGCUGUUGGAGGUCGAAGUACCCAAGGAUGGCGGGGAGGGGACAAUGAGAUGUUAUGUGCCUUACGACAAACUCGUCAUCGCCGUGGGAUCCACCACGAACAAUCACGGUGUCAAAGGUCUAGAGCACUGUUAUCAGCUCAAGACUGUUCCCGAUGCUCAGGCGAUCAGACGAAAGGUCAUGACCAAUCUCGAAUUGGCAUCAUUGCCCACGACCACACCAGAAGAGCGAAAACGACUUCUCUCAUUCGUUGUCUGUGGUGGUGGACCUACCGGUGUCGAAUUCGCUGCUGAAUUGGCAGACAUGAUGGCUGAAGACGUAUUGAAAUAUUUCCCCAAAUUGCUUGCAAACGAAGUCAAAGUGACAGUCGUACAAUCCAGAGACCAUAUAUUGAAUACCUAUUCCGAGAAGAUCUCUCAAUAUGCUGAGAAGAGAUUCGCUAGAAAUGACGUGGAUGUGGUUAUCAACGCUCGUGUACAAGAAGUCUUCCCUGACAAGGUGAUCUUGAGUAUUAAAGAUCCCAAAGAUAAGGAAGCCAAACCUCAAAGUAAAGAGAUCGAAGCUGGCUUCGUGCUUUGGAGUACUGGUAUCGCCAUGCAACCGUUCACGAAGCGAUUGGUCGAAUUGCUUCCUAAUCAAUAUCACUCCAAAGCCGUUGAAGUGGACAAUUACCUGAGAGUACAAGGUGCACCACAAGGAACUGUUUAUGCACUUGGAGAUGCGGCUACUGUGCACACCAAUUUGAUCAAUGAUCUUUACGAGCUUUGGGACAGAUUCGAUGCUAACAAGGAUGGUACUCUUGACUAUGAUGAAUGGCAAGCUAUGGUGACUCAUAUCAAGAAGCAUUACCCUCUCGCUACGAAGUACUUUGGCAAGAUGCGAGACGUAUUUGAUGAAUUCGACAAAGAUAAAGAUGAGAGAUUAUCCCUUAACGAAGUGGCAGCUAUGUUCUUGGGUAUGAGUAAGAAAGUAACGAGUUAUCCAGCUACCGCUCAAGUAGCUUCUCAACAAGGUAAAUACCUAGGAGGGAUGUUCAGUAAAUUAGCCAAACAGCAUAAAACCCUCGAAGCGAAUGGUAUCGAAGAUCUCAACGAUGAAGUUUAUUAUCAUCCGUUUGAGUAUUUCCAUUUAGGUAGUUUGGCUUAUAUUGGUAAUUCCGCUGUAUUUGAUUACGAGGGAUUCUCACUUGCCGGUGGAUUAUUGGCUAUGUACGCAUGGAGAUCUAUCUACUGGUCUGAACAGACUUCAAUGAGAACAAGAAUGUUAUUGAUGCUUGAUUGGGUUAAGAGAGGUAUCUUUGGUAGAGAUCUAUCAAAAGUGAGUGUCAUCAGAUCUACUUCCUUUUAG